CCCAUACAGUCACACACAUAUACACACACAUAUUGUACAUAUGUAUAUAUCUCUGGCACAGCUUACAGGAUACGAUUAAUGUUACGCCUUUCUUUGUGUGGCUGGUUGCGCCAGACAGACCGAACGUCUGCAUGUUCACCUGUGCCUGACCGAAACAAUGACGACCCCAGAGGAUGGAAUGGAACCCGAUACGGGGGAACCCUUAGAACAUUUGCCAUGCCGCCGCCAGCUUUGUUGCAAUUGAUCCAAACUUGUUUUACACAAAUGGAAUGGCUCAGCCGACGACGACACUUACGACACAUCGCACAGAUUUUGGACAGACACUUGGCACUCAUGGAGCCAGGCCAGGCCAGGCAGGUGUUGCGUCGCACUCUGACAAAAUGCCAGCAGACAUAAUGCAGACCACUGACCAGGCAACGUUUGCACGGUUCGAGCACCAGAAGAUAAUGCCCGCAGCAGCAGACGACGCUGCGGGGGAGGAUAUAGAAUCGGUCUCCUCGAUGGCGGACAAUCUGUCGAUUUGGAUUGAUGGCGAGGAGCACUGGAUAUCGGGCGUGGAUGCCAACACAACCUGCACGGAUCUAAUCUGCGCACUGCUCAGCUACCAAGACGAUCCUCAGGAUGCAGGGCCGCCAACUGCAGAUGCCCUGAAGCCAACAGCGAACAUCAAACAGUCCCCGCCAGCGAUGCAGGAGUACGCGAUUGUGCAGAAGCAGCGGCACUACGAGGAGUAUCUGGAUGGCAGUGCCAGACUGUUUGAUGUUAUCAGCAAUCGUCAUGCCUCGCCAAAGGAGGAAUGUCAGCUACAGCUACGCCAUUUAGCCACUUCAUCGGCAAGAAAACACACCCCGACAACGGACAAGGACAGUGGAAUGGGCAGUCCCGUGGACAGUUCUCGUAGCAUGCGCUUUCGAAGAAGGGGAAAGCACAAAGUGCUGCCCUCUCUCAAGGUGCCGAUGGCUACAGAUCACUGGGGGGGAGAGACGAGAGCCAACAACCCCAAGCAACCAAAGAGAAGCCGGAAAUUGCAGCAGAGGAACUACCACAUGACUCCGAACGAGAGCCUGCUGACCAUCAUUCUGGCCCAGGACGAGACUAUACUCCAGCAGAUGUCCAUGUUGCACGAAAAAGAUCGACAAAUAUUGAAAAUCGAAGAGGAGAAGCACCGAGUGCGGGAGCGUGAGUUGGGUAAGAAUUACCUCCUCGAGACGUAUUUGAAGGACUUGGACGAGCCGCAGGACAACAGCCCGACAAUAGAAGAAGUCGAUGAAGAUGAACCACCAGAUGCAGAGGAUGUUCCCUUAUGUACAGAAGAUGAUUAUAGAGCAGAUCCUGCUUGGACACCGAACGAUGUUGAGGUCAAGGACGAGAUCCGAGUGUAUUGGCUGGAAAAGAUCCAUGCCGUUAACAAACAGCUCCAGCGGGAGGAGGAGCUGCUACUGAGUCUGCACGCCAAGGUGCGUAGGCAACAGGUGAAGCGGGCGUAUCAGACAAAGAGUGAGGUGAUGCUGCAAAUCGAUCGACUCGAUACAGAGCUGUCGACACAGGUAGCGGAUAUCCACCGAGUGGAACGCAAAUUAUUCACGGCCAACGAGCAGUUAAAAGCCAAACUGGGAGUGCUCGAAUGCUUGGGUCGCGAAUUCGAGACAACCGUUACCGUUGCCGACAAUGAUACUCAUAGAGAACCUACAGCUACAGCUACAGCCACAGAAGCCGUCGACAGCGGCGAAGAGGUCACCGAGGCAGACAAAGUGGCGAAAUUAAUCCAAUCUUCAAUGCGUGACGUAGAUGAUCUCCGUAUAUCCGUUAAGUUGCCUCCAGUAUUAGAAGCAGGGGUAAAUCAUAGAAACAGACUGCGCCACAAACACAAUCGCUGCCUGUCCCCCCAGGAAUUGGCCGAAAAGAACUUGAAUGUUCGACAUGUGGCCGACAAGGGCUUAACGAAGCAGAUGUUUACCACGAGCAGAAUAGGACACACCCCUGCCUCACCAGCCGUGGAUGCCUACAGUGGAGAGAUUGACCCUAGAGGAGCAGUCGCACUGGACAGCAUCUGUGGAGCUCCACUGCGCUCAGCGCUAGAUCUGCAGCACUUGGGCACCCUCGUUUAGAUUGAGGUGAGCGAAUGGAGUGGAGGUGGAGUGUAGAGUGUUGAGUGAGGAGAAUCGGGGGUGCAAUCCAUUUAAGAAUCUUGUGUAACGUAUUUUGAACAUCCCGUACCAAAUUGUUGUCAACUAACCAAAUAGAGAUGUUUUGUUAAUGUUUA